AUGUCUGCGCGAUAUCCCCAAUCGUCUGGGUUUAACCCCCGUGACCGUUCUCCCCAACGAUUCGGUGAUCGUCGACCGCCAGCCGGGCCUCGUGGUUCUGACGAUGCAGGUCUACCGUUAGGGCGCGAGCCACCCAGGGCUCCCAAGGCCUUGAUCGACACCCCUCGAGGCGCUCCGUUUGGUGGUCGAGGUCGAGGCUACCCCGGCCGUGGAGAUUUCCGUGAUAGGGACCGCGACCCCCGUGAUCGCGAUAGAGAACGUGACCGUGACUUUCGAGACCCUCGCGAUGGACCACCGCCCUUUCGCCGCGAUAUUGAUCGAGAUUGGGGCCGUCGCGGUCAUGACUUUGACGUGAGAGAGCCGCGCGUUGGAUUUGGGCGCGGUCGUUCGCGUUCACCUCCGCCUCCUCGCGACUUCCGUGAUAUGAGAGAACCGCUAGGUCGAGAUCCAGAUAUUGUGAGAAUGCGCCGUGGCUCGAGAGAUAGUCUAUUGUCAGUAUCGUCCACAGCACCCGAUGGGCCCCCCUCUGCUGGCCAUCAUUCCCGUGCUGGGCCAAUUCGUGGCCGAGGUCGUGGGGAUUGGGACGGCGGGCGCGGCCGUGGUCGGAUGCAAUAUUUAGAUGAUCGUGAUUCGUUUCGGCGACGGAGUCGGUCACGCGACACUAGGUGGGACCGGGAUAGAGACCGAGACCGAGACCGCGAGAGGGAACGUGCCCUUGACCGUGAUCGUGAUCGCGAACGCAUACUUGUGGAUCGCGACAGAGAUCGUGACAUUGAUAGACGCGAUAGAGACCGCGAUCUGGACCGUCGUGAUAGAUUCGAUCGCCGUGAUGACUUGGACCGCCGUAUGGACCGCGAGGAGCGAGACAGGCCCACGGAUUUGUGGAAGCGAGACCGACCCCCGAGCCGAAAUGAAAAUAGGAACUCCAGCAUUUCAUCCAUCCCGUCCGGUGCACAGUCGGUGCAUGGUGCUCCCGCGUUGGCAGACAGGAUUUCUGACCAGCCGACUGCCGACCACCCUCGAAAAUCAUCCGGGGGGGAGCCCUGGCGUGACGUGGAACGACUGGAGUCCCUAUCCUCUCGACCAGAUCCUGCAAAGGAGUUCAUCCCUCCUGUUAACAAACGCUCCCCACCCCCAGCUGCUCCUCAAGUGCCAGCUUUUGGCUCAGUAACCGCCCCUAUUCCGGAUUUGUCUGCCGAAAAACCGUCCACCGAUGCGCACCCUCCAGCACUGUCGCCAGUUAAAGCCGAAAAAGAACGCCAGGAGCCGCCAUCAAGGCCGCCAGUACUACCACCAACAGGUCCAAAGGCAGAUCGAGGUCCGCCCCAUGUCCCGGAACCGCGUUCUCGCACCAACGAAUCGAAGCGUGAUGAUGCCCAUGAUGCUCAUCCGAAGCAGGAGAGCCCGGUACGGACAUUCAAACCGCCUCAAACGAUGCCCGUUGGUCUACAGAAACCCUUAGAUCUAUCCCCACCCACCGCUCCAGCAGCCAUGGUUGCCAAAGAGGGAGCAGCCACCCCCGAGCCUUCUCCUAGCAAAUUGAGUUCGACCAGUAUACUCUCAGAAGCAGCUCGAGGACCUCCUUCAGCGGGACGAUCGGCGUCGCCCGGAUCCCACACAUCGCCUCGCAUGCAUUCAUCGGCUAUCCCCACUGGUCCUCGGGCACUUCAGCAACGUCCUCAACCAUCCCGUGGACCUUCUAAACAUAACAAACCAUGGGUUCGGCCGGGCUUCAAUCGACCGCCAUCCGCCACUAGCCCGACUUUACCACCAAAGAGAGACUCCAUUGAUGUCAAAGAGAGGAGCCUGUCUAUUAGCGACGACAUUAAGCGUGACACGAGAACGGCCAUUGAUGAACAAAUGAAGAGCCCUAAUGCCAAUAGAUACGAUGCCAUCAAGGAUAGAAUCGGCCAAAAAGCCCAGGAAAUCACUGCUGCCCCUGAGCCACCGUCCACCGAAUCUCGCGACCGCACCGCAAGUCCUCCGCCGCUCCCUGUUGAGGCCCCCGCCAAACCGGCCGAGAUCGGGGGCGAAGACGAGGACGGCGACGUUGUUAUACCGGACUUUGGGAGGUCUAGCGAUGAAGAGGAGGAUGAAAAUGUUUUUACGCAGGAGUACUUGGAAGAACGGAAGCAAAUUUUCGAGAAGGACAUGAAAGCCCUUCGUGCAGAAAUGCCGCCUCCGCCUUUAGAGGAUCCGAACAUUGUGUCUCUACUGAUGCGAAUCCAGCUCCUAGGCAUGAUUGCAAAUGACACGGAAACCCAAAAAGCCCAGCCACCGGCAGCCCCGGCAGACGAGGUUCCUGCACCAGAGGAUGUGCAGGGUGCCCUUGAGGCUACAGCAAUUGGGAAGAAGAUCGAGGAACAUGAGCCAUCAACAAAGUUGGUUUUGGACUCGCUUCCCGAUGCGGUGUCUGUAGAGACGCUUCCAUUCCUGCAAUCGGGGCCUCCUACACCCAUGUCCGACCUAGAUACCUACCAAGACAACAUUGCAACCCAUGAACGCAUAAAAACGAUUCUCCGCAAAGAGCUGGUUGACCAGCGCAAGGCUAUCACUAAAAAGAAUGCGGAGCUGCGCUUGGAUUGGUUGGCCUAUUACAAGCGGUGGCGAUUGAGUGUGUGGGAAAUGGACCGCGCAAAAGGAAAGCACAAGCCCUCUGAAACUCCAGGCCCGACUCCUCCCCCGGCACCACCACCGGUAACGCCGAUUCCCAUCCUGGAGAGCCGCUCCGAACGGCGAUACAAAGGAAACAGCGAACUGGACUUUCAAAAUGCCCUUCGUGCGUCGGAGAUUUCUGCACAAGAGGAACUCGCUAGGCGCCGUGAGAAUAAGGCUACUGCCCAGCCCGAUCUCAAUCGUGAAGCAGUUAUUCCGGACAUGCUCGAACCCCGUGAGGCCAAGGCUUUUAUCUUCAAGGAUACAAAUAAUAUUGUCGAUCCUUCUCAAGCUAUGGAUGUGUUCGGCUUUGUGCCACCGCUCAACGACUUCACUCCCGAAGAGCACGAAAAGUUCACUGAUGCCUUUAUGGCAUACCCCAAGAAAUGGGGCAAGAUUGCGGAAGCGUUGCCUGGGCGAGACUUCAAACAGUGUAUUGUUCAUUAUUAUUUGACCAAGGAAGAGAUUAAAUACAAGGCCAAGUUGAACAAGCGCUGGAGUCGCCGCGGCCGUGCGCGGAGAUCGGCCCGGCCCAAAUCCAAUGCCCUCAUGGCUGAUCUGGGUGUCGUGAAACCUGAUUACGAAGGGGAGGAGGAGCCGACGCCUGUGACCGACACCGGCCGUCCGCGUCGUGCAGCUGCCCCGACUUUUGGAGACACCACUGUCGAUGUCGACCAGGCGGCCAAUGGCCGUCGGGCAAAUGCGACAAAGGAUGGUGAGCAAGGUGAGAAGCCUGCAGGUCGACGAGGUGCGCGCGCAGGAGCCGGCACUCGAGGUGGUCGCCGGGCCAAGGCAGCCCAGCAGCAACAGCUACAGCAACAACAGCCAGGCCCCUUGACGCCACAGCCGGAGCAACCAACUUUAAUAGCACCACCCGUGCCAGCUGCAGCGGUACCAACCCCAACAAUUGCUAGUAUCUCGAAUACGGAAGUCCCGGAAAUGGGUAUGGACGUACCUAGCGAUGUUGGUGUCGUGAGGUUUAGAGAUCAACUCGACGGCGAUCGGGCUGACGUGCCCCCGAGGUCGAAAUCUGGUCGCGGUCGUCCCAGAGAUAGUAUCUAUACUUUCGAGCCCACAGAGCCAGAGAGUACGACAAUUAUACCUGCUGCUGGUGCUGCUGUCCGGCCGGAGACGAACUACAACUCGCCACAGACGACCAGCUACUGGUCUGUUCCGGAAGUACGCGACUUCCCCUUGCUCCUAGCACACUUUGGCCGUGACUUUGAGGGGAUUUCUAACUUCAUGAAGACAAAGUCUACUCAAAUGGUUAAGAACUAUUUUCAACGACAACUUGAUUCUGGCAAGAAAGACUUUGAGGAUAUUGUUACCGAUGCAGAGACUAAGAGGGCGCGUGGCGAGCCUCCAAACCCGUUGCCGAUUCAAAAUUUUGCAGCGAAACGACGUUAUGAAGCUACGCCUUCAUCAGUCAAUAUGUCCAGGCCGCUCGCGCCGCAUACUGAGGCUACUCCUGAGGUUGAGGAUGGUCGAAUUGCGUCCACGGCCAGACAUGCUGCACUGACUUCUCAGCAGGCAUCCUUACACGCCCGCCCGCUUCAUGAGAGGGAACGUAGCAUGUCUCGAUACCAGUCCCUUGCACAAGCUAGUAAUGCCCCGAUGGCUCCUCACUCGCCCGCCAUGACUCUGACCGAUGACACCUCCCGGACGAUCCAUACGCAGCCUGGGAUGCAACAGCGAAUCCAAGGGCCGCGCCUGGGGUACUUUGCUGCAGAUGACAGGCGCGAGGCACCAGCACCUGGGAUCUCCUCUCAUGCAACUUCUCGACCUCACGACCACCCCGUCUCUUCACAGCAAGUCGCCGCGUCUGCGCCUGAGAUAACAAGGAUUGACCCGCUUCACAGCCAAAGAUUUCGAACAACGGGCGUUGAUGUGCACGGAUCACCUUUGCUGCCGGGUCAAAGUGCAACCGUACCGCCGCAUCAACCAUACCUGUCAUCCCUGGCCCAACCCCACGCGCAGCCUCCGUCGCUCAUAUCUCAUGGCUCACACUCGCGCCACCCUAGCCUGACGAAGCCUCCAGGAUCACCGGUGCAAGGAAUGGCAAGGCAUGAACCAGAGAUGUCUCAUAUUCGACGUGACUCUGUCGGCCAGAGGUCUUUCUACCCUCUAUCUGCGCCGCAUGCCGGAGUUUCUCAACCACCUUCGGUGCUAUCCCCACCUAGAGAACCUCUCCGCCCAACGUUGACGCCGGUGGAGACCACAGAGCCACCUCGCCAGGUUCCUGCGAAGAGGUCAAACAUCAUGAGUAUUCUGAAUGAUGAGCCUGAGGAACCGCAACCUCGAAAACGAUUCGCAAGCGAUCAGGCUAGCUCGCCUUCGCGGCCAGUUUAUGCUGCGAGUUCGUCACUCACCCACCCAAGUCCUCGGCAAGAAGAACCCAUGCUCUCGGCUUCGCAUCAAAAGGGCACAGCGUACUCACAACAGAGCCAAUACCUACCGCCGUCCCGCCCUUAUCCAGAGUAUUCCUACAAUCCAGUCUCGGAAUCUUCUGGGGCUUCCAGAAACACUGAUUGGCUAGGACGUUUCGAUCCUCGAGCUCCACAGCAGUCCCAGCAGCCAUCUUCCGCUCCUCCGCCGCCCCAUAGUCGCCCGUCAACGACCUUGGCUCCGCAAACCCCAUACUCCCCGUUUGCGUCGAGCCAGACCCCCUCAAGUCAAAUGUUACCGAAUCUCAAUGCUCCGUCCCCCGCGCCCACGCCGCCGCCGGCAACGGUUUCGCAGCGUCCUUCAUACCCGACUUCUAUGUAUGCGCCAUCGCCGGCGCCGCAUACCCACGCUCCAGGAGGAUCGCGAGACAUCUCUUCUCAGGGUCCCAUGUACCGUUUGGCCAUCGGCUCUCCUACGCCUCGAAAUAGCCAUAUUUCAUAUUCCUCGCGCCCGGGGAUGAGCUCGACGUCGUCCUACGGCUCAACGGCGCAGACCGUGCCGGUAUCUGCGCAUAUGCCAGGCACGCCCCAACAGCACCCGAGUGGUCUUCCUGGGUAUCACCAUGUGCAGCCCAUGGUUGCACACCAACCUCAACCCCAUCGACCCCAAUUGGGACUCGCCGGGGUACACUACGGUCGGCACACGCCCCCGCCACAGCCACAGGGAUCAAGAAUGGCGCCUUUAUCAGGGGCGGUUUCUCAACAGAUGGGUCGCUCCUAUACACCUCCGACUGUGUUGCAACCCAGUCACUCGGGCGGGAUGGCAUAUGCACCAAGUGGGCCUGGAAAUCCCCACCCUCUCCAGACACGACCGCCCGGUCCAGGCUCAAUGAAUGAGCCGAUGCCUGGGCCGCAUGGGGGUUCGGCCCAUCAUCGAGUUUACAGCCAGGGGUCGAAUAAUCCGUAUCCCGGGCCGCUACCGUCUCAGCACAAUCGGUAA